AUGAGCGGUGGAGAACUAACCUCUAUUGCAUUAUCUAGUUUUUAUCUAUCAGCUUUCAUUGUUGUCGGUAUUGAUCGAGGAAAAAGGAAGGAACUAGGAUUUACAAUGACACCAGACGAACUAAAUUCGGCCAUCGUUACCUUUAUGGCCAAUUUGAAUAUUGAUGAUUCGAGAGCCAACGAAACUGCUUCCGUAGUAACAGAUUCUAUUGUCCACCGAUCAAUCAAAUUGCUGGAAGUUGUUGUCACGUUAAAAGAUUAUUUUCUUUCGGAGGAUGAGGUAGAAAGAAAGAAGGCGUUGACAUGUUUAUCUACUAUCUUAGCAAAGACCCCUAAGGACCACCUAUCUAAAAACGAAUGCUCAGUUAUAUUUAAGUUUUACCAAUCUAAGUUUGACGAUCAAGCACUUGUAAAUGAAGUUUUGGAGGGCUUCGCUGCAUUAGCGCCAAUGAAAUUUGUUUCCAUUAAUGAAAUAGCCCAACUUCUGAGAUUAUUGCUAGACAACUAUCAACAAGGCCAGCAUUUAGCAUCGACUAGACUGUUACCUUUCAAAAUUUUGAGAAAAAUAUUUGAUAGAUUUUUCUUCAAUGUAUCAUCGAGCGAACAAGUCAAACGGAUCAACAAUUUAUUCAUUGAAACGUUUCUUCAUAUUGCCAAUGGGGAAAAAGACCCUAGAAAUUUAUUAUUGUCGUUUGCACUCAAUCAAUCUAUUACGUCGACCCUGCAAAAUGUGGAGAGCUUUAAAGAAGACUUAUUCGAUGUUUUAUUUUGCUAUUUCCCAAUCACUUUCAAGCCGCCAAAGCAUGAUCCCUACAAGAUUUCUAACCAAGAUUUAAAAACUGCCCUGAGGUCAGCCAUUACUGCAACGCCAUUAUUUGCCGAGGAUGCUUAUAGCAAUUUGCUCGACAAGCUCACUGCUUCUUCACCGGUAGUGAAAAAUGAUACACUCUUGACGCUAUUAGAAUGCGUUAGAAAAUUCGGUGGCUCUUCUAUAUUAGGAAAUUGGAAGCUACUUUGGAAUGCUUUAAAAUUUGAAAUUAUGCAAAACAGUGAAGGAAACGAAAACACCUUACUAAAUCCAUAUAAUAAAGACCAAUCAAGCGAUGAUAUGGGCCAGUAUACUAACUACGAUGCUUGUUUGAAAAUUGUCAAUCUGAUGGCAUUACAGCUAUACAACUUUGACAAAGUAUCAUUUGAAAAGUUCUUCACUCAUAUAUUAGAUGAGUUGAAACCAAACUUCGAAUAUGAAAAGAAUUUGAAGCAAACCUGUCAGAUUUUAUCUGCCAUAGGUAGCGGAAACGUUGAGAUAUUUAAUAAGGUCAUUUCAUCCGCCUUCCCCUUGUUUUUGAUUAAUACAUCUGAAAUUGCCAAAUUGAAGCUGCUGAUUAUGAAUUUUUCUUUUUUUGUUGAUUCAUACAUUGAUUUGUUUGGAAGAAUAUCUAAAGAUUCAUUGGAGGUACCGGUGCCAAAUAACAAAAUGGCCGAAUAUAAAGAUGAGAUCAUAAUGAUUCUAAGCAUGGCCUUGACCAGCAGCUCCAAGUCAGAGGUUACCAUAAGGACUCUAUCUGUGAUUCAAUUUACAAAAAUGAUUAAAAUGAAGGGCUUUUUGACCCCAGAGGAAGUUUCAUUAAUCAUCCAAUACUUCACAGAAACAAUACUAACCGAUAACAACAAAAAUAUAUACUACGCUUGUUUGGAAGGGUUAAAGACAAUCAGCGAGAUAUACGAGGAUUUAGUUUUUGAAAUAUCUUUGAAAAAAUUAUUGGAUCUGUUACCUGAUUAUUUUGGGGAAAAAAUUCGUGUAAAUGAUGAAGAGAAUAUUCAGAUUGAAACAAUUUUAAAAAUUAUUCUUGACUUUACCACUUCGAGACAUAUUUUGGUCAAAGAGAGCAUUACAUCUUUAGCAACAAAAUUGAACAGAGUAGCUAAAUUUGCCAAAUCCAAAGAAUAUUGCUUUCUACUUAUUUCAACUAUCUAUUCUCUUUUUAAUAAUAAUCAAAAUGAGAAAGUAUUAAAAGAAGAAGAUGCUCUUGCGCUCAAGCAUGCCAUUGAACCAAAAUUAUUUGAGAUAAUUACUCAGGAAUCGGCCAUUGUAAAUGACAAUUACAAUUUGACACUCCUUUCUAACGUUCUUUUCUUCAUUAAUUUAAAAAUCCCACAGAAUAUACACCAAGAAGAAUUAGAAAGGUAUAACAACCUUUUCAUUUCUGGAGGUCACAUAAGAAUCUUGGACACACCAAACAUAUUGGCUAUUUCAUAUGCUAAAAUAUUAUCUGCACUCAACAAAAACUGUCAAUUCCCUCAAAAAUUUACAGUACUUGUUGAAACGGUUCAACUACUUAAAACACACGCUCCAAGAAUGACCCAAACUGAAAAAUUAGGAUAUCUGGAAUUACUGUUGGUCUUAUCAAAUAAGUAUGUCCCUGAAGAAGAUGUAAUAGGAUUAUUUGAUUGGGAAGACUUAUCAUUGAUUAAUCUUGAAGUAAUGGUUUGGUUGACCAAAGGAUUAAUAAUGCAGAACUCUUUUAAGUCAUCUGAAAUCGCAAAAAAACUCAUCAACUUAUUAUCUAAUGAAGAGGUUGGUUCACUUGUAGCCAAGCUGUUUGAAGUUUUUGUCAUGGAUAUCAGUUCUUUAAAGAAAUUUAAAGGUAUCAAUUGGAAUAAUAAUGUUAAAAUCUUGUAUAAACAAAAAUUCUUUAGCGAUAUUUUUCAAACGCUAGUCAACAACUAUAAAAAUACCGUGGAUAUGACCAUUAAAUGCAAUUAUUUGACCGCCUUAUCUUUGGUGUUGAAGCACACCCCAAGCCAGUCGGUAGGUCCUUUCAUUAACGAUUUGUUCCCGCUUUUGUUGCAGGCUUUGGAUAUGCCUGAUCCGGAAGUAAGGGUAUCCGCUUUAGAAACCCUGAAGGACACUACGGAUAAACAUCAAAGUUUGAUCACGGAGCACAUAAGCACAAUAGUUCCAUUAUUGCUAUCUCUUGCUCUUCCGCAAAGAUAUAAUAAUGUCAGUGUCAGGUUGAUAGCCUUACAACUUCUAGAAAUGAUCACGACUGUGGUACCUCUAAACUAUUGCCUAAGCUAUCAGGACGAUGUUUUAAACGGUUUAAUACCAGUUUUAUCCGACAAAAAGAGAAUGAUAAGAAAGCAAUGCAUUGACACAAGACAGGUUUAUUAUGAAUUAGGUCAAAUUCCGUUUGAAUAG